GGGCAUUAGAAGGUCGCUAACAUAAAUGAAAACAUGGCCUCUCUGCGAGCUUCCAAAACAGCCAGUUUGUUGCGAAGUUUGCGCAGAUCAGACCUCAGCACAUCGCUAUGUCGCAGCUGGAACGGAUCUGCAUCACAAGCUGCAGCUGCAGCCCCACUGGAGAAGCUGCUGAUUGCCAACCGAGGGGAGAUCGCCUGCCGCGUGAUGCGGACCGCUCGCAAACUGGGCAUCAAGACAGUGGCAGUGUACAGCGAGGCUGAUGCUGAUUCUAUGCAUGUUGCCAUGGCAGAUGAAGCCUACCUGAUUGGCCCUCCAGCUGCGGAGAGUUACCUGUGUAUGGACAAGGUGAUGGGUGUUGCCAAGGAGUCUGGAGCACAGGCCAUCCACCCGGGCUAUGGUUUCUUGUCCGAGAACACCGAGUUUGCCGAGCUGUGUGCAAGAGAAGGUGUGACCUUUGUAGGCCCACCUGCCUCUGCCAUUAGAGACAUGGGAAUCAAGAGUACUUCCAAGAGUAUCAUGUCAGCUGCUGGUGUGCCAAUCAUUGAGGGUUACCAUGGUGAGGACCAAUCAGUUGACAGGUUAAAGAAAGAGGCCAAGAAAAUUGGCUACCCAGUCAUGAUCAAGGCAGUCCGAGGUGGAGGAGGCAAGGGGAUGCGGAUCUGUAUGACAGAGGAGGAGUUUGAGACCCAGCUGGAGUCGGCAAUGACCGAGGGUCGGAAGUCAUUUGGCGAUGACGUGAUGCUGAUUGAGAAGUUUGUAGAGACACCAAGGCAUGUGGAGGUGCAGGUGUUCGGGGACUCCCACGGCAACUAUGUGUACCUGUUUGAGCGGGACUGCAGUGUACAGCGACGCCACCAGAAGAUCAUUGAGGAAGCACCUGCUCCUGGUAUCAGUGAAGAAGUGAGACAGGCGCUUGGUGAGGCUGCAGUGAAAGCAGCAGCGGCUGUCAACUACGUUGGCGCCGGGACAGUGGAGUUCAUCAUGGACAAGAAGUUCAAGUUCUACUUCAUGGAGAUGAACACACGUCUACAGGUGGAGCACUACAGGAGGAUCACGCACCCCAUCACGGAGAUGAUCACCGUAUUAUGUAAUGUGACCUGGUGGAGUUUGGUUGCUAGUGGAGAGAAACUGCCUGUGGCACAAGAGCAGCUCAAGUUUACUGGUCACGCCUUCGAGGCGAGGAUCUAUGCUGAAGACCCUAACAACAGCUUCAUGCCUGGAGCUGGUCCCCUUCUGCACAUCACCACCCCCAAGGCCGGGGAUGGAGUCCGCAUCGAGACGGGCGUCAGACAGGGAGAUGAAGUGUCCGUCCAUUAUGACCCUAUGAUUGCCAAGCUUGUUGUGUGGGCAGCAGACAGACAGUCAGCCCUCAGACGCACCAGGACAGCGUUGCAAGACUACCAUAUUGUAGGCGUGAACACAAACAUCAAGUUCUUGUUGGAUCUGGCAGCACAUCCUGAGUUCCAGGCAGGGAACGUUCACACCGAGUUCAUUCCCCAGCACAAGGACCAGCUGUUCCAAGAGUCCAUCCUCUCAGCUCAAACACUGUGUCAUGCGGCUGUUGCUAUGGUUACACUUCAGCAGAGUCGAUCGGUUAGAAGUAGUCAGCUUACUCAGGAUCCCUUCUCGCCGUUCUCGUUCUCGUGGUGCAGUGGAGCUCGUGUGAACCAAGCUGCAUCGAGGCAACUGUUGCUGUGCGAUGGAGACGAAGAGGUGGCAGUGGAAGUGGAGUCUGAUGGGGGUAGGUUCGUGGUUCGGAUGGACGGCGUGGAGCAUGAGGUGGUGGCCGAGAUGACGGAGGACGGAGACCGACUCUCUCUCACUUGUACAAUCGAUGGAGUCAAGACAUCGUCCACAGUCAUCAUGCAGGGAAACUCUCUCCACAUCUUCACCCUGGAUGGCAGUCAUGAGCUGCGUCUACCUGUGCCAAAAUACCUGCAGUCUGCUGAAGGGGGAACGUCCGAUGAUGAUGCUGUGGCACCAAUGCCGGGUGUGGUGGAGCGGGUGAUGGUGGCCGAGGGCACACAAGUGGAGAAGGGGGACCCACUCGUUGUCAUGAUUGCCAUGAAAAUGGAGUAUGUUAUACGGGCGCCACGGUCAGGGGUGGUGGAGCGGGUAACGUUCCAGCCUGGUCAAACCGUCAACAGAGGAACAGUCCUCGUUCACUUCAAGGAAGAUGAAGCAGCACAAGACUGAGAAAGAAACAUUAGGAUAUAUCGUGUUUAUAUAGUGAACAACAUAGUGUAUACACGGAACUUGUACUGUGGAACACGGACCAGUGACAUGAUGUGGCUGAACGUGGGAAGAACACACAUGAAACUUCUUGAUGUCCAUGAACUUAGACCAACCGAGAUUUGUAUCUGUGUUAUGUGUGUGUUUCACCAGUGCUAACAUGAGGCGCCAAGAAUGAGAAAUACCCAAUAUCUCUUCAAUGGAUUAAAUGAGCACCAUGUUGUUUA